AUGUCUGGAUUACCGACCGAUCCUGACUAUUUAAACAAAUCCGACAAUGCAUGGCAACUAGUCGCGGCCACAUUUGUCGGUCUCCAAAGUGUUCCGGGACUAAUAAUAUUAUACGGCGGAGCGGUUAAAAAAAAAUGGGCAGUGAAUUCAGCAUUCAUGUCACUCUAUGCAUUUGCUUGUGUAUUUCUUUGUUGGGUUAUUUGGGCUUAUAGAUUAUCAUUUGGUGAUCAACUUUUACCAUUUUGGGGAAAACCAGCACUUGCACUUGAUGAAGUUUAUCUUUUCAAAAAAGCAUUUUCAGGAAAUUUUCCUAAUGCUACUAUGAUUUAUUUUCAAGGUGUUUUUGCUGCUAUUACUUUGAUUUUGAUAGCUGGUGCUGUGUUGGGGAGAAUGAAUUUCUAUGCUUGGAUGUUGUUUGUGCCUUUAUGGCUCACUUUUUCAUAUACUUUUACUGCUUUUAGUAUUUGGAGUCCUAAUGGCUUUUUGACUAAGUUGGGGAUUAUUGAUUAUUCUGGUGGUUAUGUUAUUCAUUUGUCUUCUGGUGUUGCUGGUUUCACUGCUGCAUAUUGGGUUGGACCGCGUCUAAACAAAGACAGGGAAAGGUUUCCACCAAACAACCUCCUUCUCAUGCUCGCCGGAGCAGGGCUUCUAUGGAUGGGAUGGACAGGAUUCAAUGGAGGAGAUCCGUACUCAGUUGGCAUAGAUGCUUCCUUGGCUGUCUUGAACACACAUGCUUGUACUGCUACUAGCUUGCUUACUUGGGUUUUACUUGAUGUCAUCUUUUUCAGAAAGCCUUCUGUUAUUGGUGCUGUUCAAGGCAUGAUUACUGGUUUGGUUUGCAUUACCCCUGCUGCAGGAGUUGUACAAGGAUGGGCAGCCCUUAUAAUGGGAGUCUGCUCUGGCUCAAUUCCAUGGUUCACUAUGAUGGUAAUCCACAAGAGAUCAAAGUUACUUCAAAAGGUAGAUGACACAAUGGCAGUGUUACACACUCAUGCAAUUGCAGGAAGUCUUGGUGGAAUUCUCACUGGUCUCUUUGCUGAGCCAAACUUAAAUGCAUUAUUCUAUGGUGCUUAUAAUAAAUAUGUUGGUCUAUUUUAUGGAUUACAUAUGAAAAAGGCUAGUCUUGGAUUCAGACAAAUUGGAAUCCAAUUAAUUGGAAUUUUGUUUGUUAUCUUUGUUAAUGUUGUAAGUACAAGUUUGAUAUGUCUCUUCAUUCGUCUUUUCGUUCCAUUGAGAAUGUCCGAAGAGGAUAUGGAAAUCGGCGACGAAGCUGCUCAUGGUGAAGAAGCUUAUGCAAUUUGGGGUCAAGGUGAUAAACUUGAAAAUUCAAGUUCAAAAUAUGGAAGUUCUUUGUAUGAAGAUGUUGAAGUUGCCGUGACGACGAAGAACAAGCGCGGUAGCCAGAUUGAGAUGAUGUAAAACUUUAUGUUAUAUGUGUUAUUGUGAUGAAUUUGGUAUUGCUUUAAGAAAAUAAAAGGCUCAAAGUUUAAUUGUUGAUUGAAUCCUACGAUUCCCAUGUUAAUUUUUCAGAACAAAUGAA